AUGAAGCUCUUCAUUCUCUUGUCAUCUAUUUUCAUUGCAUCAAUUUCAAUACUAUUUUACAAUAGCAGUACUUCACUAUCACAGAUCUUUCAAAUAUUCACAAGCAAUAGAUCAGCGACCCAAAUACCAGGAGACUCACUUGCAACUCAGUCUUCUAUGAGCACUUCAUCUGCUAUCAAAUCAACAAUGUCUAAAGCACUCUCACACGCUAAAAUUACCCCUCGAAGAUCCUCCGCUCGUGGGCAUGCUGAUCACGGAUGGCUCAACUCUUACCAUACAUUUAGUUUCGCAAACUACUAUGACAGCCAAUUCCAAAACUUUGGAAGUUUGCGAGUCCUCAAUGAAGAUCGUGUCGCUGGUGGCACAGGAUUCCCUACACACCCUCACCGCGAUGCCGAGAUCUUCAGUUAUAUUCUGAGUGGAGAAUUGACUCACAGAGAUAGUAUGAUCAAGAAGGGAGCCGAGGGAAAAGAGGGAGAUGACUUUUACAGAAUGAAGAGGGGAGAUGUUCAGUUUACAACUGGUGGAAGUGGCAUUGCGCACUCGGAACAAAACGAAUCCAAGGAGGAGGUUCACUUCCUUCAAAUUUGGGCCCUUCCCUGGGCUAGAUCACUAACUCCACGAUAUCACACAAAAACUUUCUCUGAAGACGCUAAGCGAUCAGCGUUCUUACCAAUUCUCUCACCAUUGAAAGCUGGUCCCGGUGCUUCUGCAGAAGAGGAGAAAGCUGCAGAACCAACACUCCCAGAUACUAUACCUAUACAUGCCGAUUUUGUCAUGGCUGCUGGAAUCAUUGGAGUAGACAAGAGAUUCAAAUGGACUGUUGGUGGUGGGGCAACAAAGAGUACCGAGAACAGAAAAGUUUAUAUCCACGUUCCCAUGACUAAGGGAGGUAACGCAAAAAUCAGAUUAGACGGUAGAGAAGGAGCUGUUCUUUCAGAGGGCGACGGAGUAUUUGUCGAAGGUGUCAAGGCAGGAGACAUUCUAGGUGUUGAAAGCAUCGGUGAGGCCGAGGCAGAAGUCAUUGUGUUGGACAGCGAUUAGACGUUUUCUUCUGUUAAAUUAUGGCUUGUAUAUAUUGAUACCUAUUU